CGUGACGUCACCGCGAGGUGAUGUAAUGCUUCUGUAAAUAGAUCAUAUUGUAAUCGCGUUUCACUUCAGCGUGCUUCGUCCCAGCGCGAGGAGCGUUGCUAGUCUCAGUCUGCGUGCGUUUAGGUUUUUAGAUCUCAGUGAUGAAUGUUGAUCAGGACAGGCCAUAUGUAUGCACUGCUCCUGGAUGCUCACAGCGCUUCCAAAGAGAAGAUCACCUAAUUAUUCACAGACACAAACAUGAGAUGACCCUAAAAUUCCCUUCUAUUAAGUGUGACAGUAUGCUUUCAGAUCAGACUCCAACUCCAACCCGUUUCUUACGGGACUGUGAGGAAGUGGGCCUCUUUACUGACCUGGAGCUUAACCAGUCACGGGCAGAGGAGGAGACCAAACCGAACUUUCCUGUGCAGGCGCCAGGUCAGAACCAGCCUCACACUGAGACACAGUCUCAGCAUAGUCAACAUCAUCAGUUUCAACCUCAGCAACAGCAGCAGUGCGCUCUGGCUCAUCUCAACCAGAACCAGCUCCACACGCACUGCUCACAGCCUCAAUCUCAAUGCACUGCCACAUACUCCACUUCAAACAAACAAUCUGCACCCAGUUGUCUGCACAGUAGACAGACAAAUGCUUUGCCUGGGACAUCAGCCAUGAAUAUGGAGGCGCAGUUGUCAAUGAACUCUAGUAUGAUUGGCAUACCAGGCCCCACCCCCUCUGGCUCAUGCUCCUCCCUUCAGAGGUCAAAGGUCAUACCAGCCCACAGCCAACCUGCGGUUUCCAAUGGCAGUCAGAAUCCUCUUUGCCACAUGAUGGAGAUGAUGUCGUCACAACAGCACCCACUGUCGCAUUUACAAUCCUCAUCUCAUCAUCACGCAUACCAGCAGCACUGCCACAGCCAAUCACCACAAAGGCUCGCACAUCAACAUCAAAGUCAGGACCAAUCACAUCACAGCCAUGCUCACCACUCUCCACCUGCUCAUUUGCAUCAUGGCUCCACCCACCAGACCCCCCCUCCCCUUUCACAUCAGCCGAUACCUACACAGAUGUCAUCCACACCAAACCAUACCCCCUGCCCGCAAUCUCCUCCACAGCCGCCCACGGCCAGACGCCGACGGACAGCAGAGGAAGACCCAGAUGAGCGCAGAAGGAAGUUUCUGGAGAGAAACAGGGCUGCUGCCACACGGUGCAGACAGAAGAGAAAGGUCUGGGUGAUGUCGUUGGAGAGGAAGGCCGAGGAACUUACACACACUAACUUACAGCUGCAGAAUGAGGUGACAUCACUGAGGACAGAAGUCACUCAACUGAAGCAAAUUCUUCUUGCACAUAAAGACUGUCCUGUUUCUGUGAGACAGCGAGAAAACCAGAGUGGAGUAGGUAGUCCAACAGGAAGCCCGGUCCAGCAACAUGCCAUCCAACACAACAGCAUCUCAACAUCAAGUUCAAAUUUACCACAUGCUCACCUCACCCCACACUCACACCCCGCUGGCAACACACAAUUAUAACAUGCUUCUACAUGGACAGAAACCGAUAAGAACACAGAAAUAUGACCCUUCUUUAGAGCCAUAUGGUCAGGGCACCUACGACCAAACAGGUACCCGUCACUGCAAACGCAAAACAGAACAGUAAAAUAUUUAAUCCAGUGUUUUAAACUUGGAUUUAUGACUAAAAGGGAAUGUAUGCAUCACAUAUAUGUGUGAAAUGUUGAAUUAGAAUAAUUAAAUGAAAAGUCUGUUUAUAUUUGUGGCCCUUGACAUCUCAGGUAAUCAGCCGAGGGUCAAAAGGAUUUCUCCAUGUUUUAUUUUACCUCACUGUGAUUCAUUGCAGUGUUGGAAAACAAACUGUCCUUUUACCCUCAUUAAAUUUAGUUUUCUUAUUCUCAAAGCUGUCUCUCACCCUCCCUUUUUGUCUUCUCACACUCUUCCUCGUGCUUUUUUAUAGCCGAUCUUUCUCAGGGACACUCAUCUAGUUUUACUCCUAGAGUAUGUGUGCACAUUUGUGUGUAUAUGUGUGUUUUGUUUUGUUUUUGGCCACUUUCAGUGUAAACGCUUUGAUAGCUUCAGUGACAGCUGUGUGCGCUAAAUCCUGAAACUAAUGGCAAGGCCGUGUGAAAUGCAUUGAAUCAGGGCAGUUGUAAAUUUGUAAUUGUAAAUAGGAAUCUCUAGUUUUAUAAAUUUAUGAUGAUGCAGCUAAAGCUGAUUGUUACAUGUUUGUCUUCGCUGUAAAUAUUAUAAGAGGCCUCUUGGUGAAUUAUCAGGUAUCACAUUACCUAAGAAAGCGCUUAGAGGAUCAUGUGUGAAUUUCGGAUUUAUAGAAUAACAUGCAGCUUAUUUUAUAUAGACAGAGCCAACAUCAGAAUCAUGACAGUAAAAGAAUCAUGUAUUACUAAUCACACUCAUGGCACUCUGAAUGUCUUACAGUAUUCUUCUAAAAUAAUACAGCAUAGCAAUCAUUUCACACUAACUGGCUCAGCGACAAUCAAAAUGUCAAUACUGGCAUUUCCUGGAAAUGACAUGCAAGCAUGUGUACCAUCUCUUAUGAAAAAAUAAGCUUAGAUAAAGCAUUUACAUGGCUAUACAUUCUGUGUAAUGGAAUUGUCAAUCUAGGCAAUGUGGGAAAAAAUGAUUGUUUGUUAACUAUGCAGGUUUAAACUGUUUUAUGCAUGUACAGGUUUUUUUGAAAUAUUUAUCUAUUUUUGUACACAUUUGUGGCCAUUUUUAAUUAAAAGCACUUAAUAUCUA